AUGACAGCCAUGUGUCCAGGUGACAGGACAUUGGAAGGACCAUUAUGCAAGCGAAUCGUGAUAACUGACGCCGUGGCUAGGAAAUACACCGCAAUUAAAGACCGUGGCACGCCAAAGGCAGAGCUUUGUUCUUCCGAGAGGAACUUCUGCUCAAAUUGCAGUACUAUGCUAUGGCUAUGGGAUCACCACUGGCCCGAGUUGAUUCACCCAUUUGCAUCAGCGAUUGAUACAGAAUUGCCAGUCCCGGAUGAGAUGGUAUGUAUCAUGGAAGGCUCGAAGCCAGCGUGGGCACGAUGGCCCGAGGGCAAGAAAAGCGUGCACGAGGUGUACGGUGAGGAUAGCCUCGAAGGAUGGCACAAGAAACAUGGUCUAUUUUUUGAGUAA